AUGGACGGCGACGGCUCCGAGAUUCAUGGAUUCCAUACCUUGCAAGUUGGUACCACCGCCGUCAUUUUCGCCGCCGACUCUGAAGAUAGAUGUCACACAGCUGCAGCGGCGGAGGUGGCGCCUGCGGAGUCAGGAGAUUACAGGAGGAUAAUGCUCUCCGAUGUGAUGGUGAAGAAGAAGGAUAAGGUUCCUUUGUGGGAGAGGCAAUGGAAAUCGAUGGGUUUCGGAGCUGUUGAUGUGGUUUUGUCAAUGCAUUUGCUUAGCCUAUUGGCUCUGUUUCAAUUCAAUUGGAGAGCUGUUUCGGUUGCUUUUGGGCUUUACAUCGUCACAAGUCUUUUGGAAAGUAAAAGACAGUUUGAAGAUCUGGUGGCUGAUAAGGAUCUCUUCAUGUCUACAUUGAAGAAGUUAAACUCUGAACUGGGCACAAAGUUUUGGAUUCCGAAAAUAAGAAUUGUGGAUAUGGACUUGUAUAAGCUUUUUGUACACUGUGAUUUGGGGCUCAGCAAGAGACAUCUUAACCAAAACAGUGGCAGAGUUAUAUUGUUCCAUCUUAAGAUGCUGAGUAACUUGAGAAAAGAUGGUCAUAACUGGAAAAGGAAAAAAGAUGGAAGGACAAUUAGAAGCUCGCGAACACCUGAAAGUGGUUGGUAA